AUGCCCGUCACGACACGGUCAGCAAACCGCAUGUCUCGCCCCAAAAUACCCUACGAUAUCCAGUUAUGUGUACUGGACUGGCUAAUCGCUUUGGGUAAAGCUGACAGCAGCGUGGACGUGUCCCCCUGCGCCACAGUUUGCAAAACCUGGCAGGUCGUCAUCGAACGAGAGCUAUUCCGCCAUUUGACCCUCACCCUCAAGGACCUGGAGUUGUUCAGCAAGUAUUGCCGCGGACGGAAACACUAUGUGAAGCACAUCUUGUUGGAGAUCUGGCUCUGUCACAGAGUGGGUAACGACAUGGAUACAGUUUGCUUCACAGAGGCAACAGAGACGUUAUUCCUAGAAUUAUCGACCUGGGAAGGCCAUGGCAUCACAUUGGAAUUUGGCAUCGUCCCUUCGAGUGCACGGGGCCAGCGCUUCUAUCCUGGGCGGUCUAAAGGCUUCUACAUUCGUUAUGGGCCUCCGCCAAGAAAGCGGUCACUUGAUGGGCACUUGCGAAAUCCGGACAGACUAGAAUUAUUCGAUACGUACGGCGAACCUAGCCCGGCAAUCCACGUGUCAGAGUUGCGGAUGCCACGUCCCUUAGAUAUCCUGGGCCCUGCACACCUUACGUUUCACGAUGAUUCAAAAGUGGGAACGUCCCUUCUUGCCAAAGUCGAUUGCGUUUCUAAACUCCUUAUACGCCGACGGUACAUGCCAAAAAUCAGCAUUCAGUCCCUCUCUACGAUUGUCAAGUCUCUGCCGUCUCUGGAAUCACUUCAACUUGAGCGAUGGUGCUAUGGCCACCACCCACUUUACCAUCAUGAUCGGGCAUCAGACUUCGAUGGAAUGGGUCUCGCUCUGCCUGAAUCAUUGAAGGAACUCAUAUACUACAAAGAGUGUGCAGACAACUACGAGCAUCGCGGCGGCGAAGAAUUGCAUCGACUCGACCCCCUGUUCAUAAGUCCCUUGACCAAAGUAGCGGACCGCAUCGAACACAUCGCCAUCUCGUUCAGCGGGAGUAAACUCUUGAAUCCCAAUGCCAACUACGAGUUCACGGCUUUAAAAACACUUGCUAUAACCUCAGACACGACUGUCGCCAAGAGAAUGCCGAAACUUGAAACUUUUGAAAUCUGGUGUUUCAAGAACCAGAGGCCUCUUGAGGCUCGAGUAUUCACAUACGAGAGGCUAGGGGAGUAUAGUAGCUGCAUUACCUUGAAGGACAAUUGGGGGCCUCUAAAGCUAUCGGGACGUGUCCAAAAUGCAUGGAAGCAAGUUGUCAACGAAGGGAAUGGGACGUUUGAGGUCAAGCACGAGUUCUUGACGUUUGGGGAGACGCAGGGGGUUUAA